AUGCACGUCGAGGCUAUGCUGAGAUCGAGCACUGUCUUGUUUGUUUUGGCACUCAGUGGCCUGGUAUCAGUCGCGAUAUUGCAUCGUUACUCUGCACAACAUGAGCUUGUUUCGAUGGACUCUUCUCCUGAGGCGCAGAGGGUGCAGGAAGGGCACAUGUACUCUCGAAUGCAGAGGUUGAACAACCGAUUGCAAACGGAGAAUCAGAAUCUGCGCAGCCUUCUGCAGAUGGGUAGAGAAGCGUCAUCGGACAUGGCGGACUUCUCUGAGAGCAAACGGGCAAGGAUGCAUGGAAUCGAGCUCAAUGGUAACGGCUUCCGUGGGAGGGACAGGGCUCGUGGUGAUGGCAGGCAGAGCGGGGACUUGAGGUUCGACGGAGAGGACGAGGCAGUAGAUGAUCUCCUGAGGACAGCAAAGGAGGAGGCAGACUCGAAACUUGGAGUCAAGGAGGGUCGCGCUGGGAGAAAAUCACGUGAUUCGGAACUUGAGCAAGACGCCGACGAUGCUCUGGAGCACACGCUGAAGCAGUGGAAGUAUCCGCUGCAGGAUACGCAUCAGAGGAUCUCCCGCAGGCAGCAGUCGCGGGCGUCGAGGUACAACUCUCGUCAUCGCAGACGGCUCCGGCGGAUGGAGGCGAGAAGAUACAGGAGGAAGAUGAGGGAGGCUGAGACCGACCUUCGACACGGACACCCGCACAGGGCCCAACGAGCCGCCAUGCAUGCUCUGAGCAACCAUGAGAGGGAGGAGGAGCUGCGUGGGUUCGUUGGGGAGGCUGUGGAUCGAAAGCCUGAGGCCUGGAAGCUGCUGAUGAAGACGAUUAAUGAUGAUAUUUCCGACCAUGCUGUUACCCAACGCGUUGAGAACAACAUGAAGGACGUUGUGGAGCUGAGGCGAGACGUGGAGAGCGCGAAGCAUCUGUAUGAAGAGAACAAGAGGCUGUACAUGCACGACAUCACGAACAAGGGUCGUCUCGGGCUCAUGCUCACCAUCCCAUCGCGGGACGGGGGUAUGAAGGCGGUGAAUCACAUUGCCCACAAGCUCGAGCAUGAGCUCAACGAUCAGGAGCGAGCCUGGGAUCGCGCCGACUCCUUGGAGAACGCCAAGGUUGAUGUUGCUCGAGAGCUCAGGGAGGAAGAGAUCGGAAGGUCUCUGAAGAAACAGCAGCAGAUGCAGCGCACAACCCUCCCUCCCCUCUCCGCGAGCUCCUCCAACCCACCCAAGCUGCAGAGUAAUGUCCAACAGCUGCGCGACGUGAAUGUUCCUAUCAAGACCGCCAUGGCUGCCCCUCAGCUCAGCUCUGCUGAAGCGCGAGGAAACUUUGCCCCGUCUGCGACCACGACCCCGCAAGGAUUCUCGGCAUCGGUCGCACAUGGGUGUGAAGGUUGCCAGCAGUACUCGCACAGUGGUCAUGCUUGCGCCUCUUGUCCUCAGCCUCAGCAGCCUCAGGAGUCAAGGCAGGAAGCUGCUGCUCCUACCGGUCAGCCAGGGACUCAGAAACCAGCGAAGAUCUCCUCAUCCCUGCUGUCCAAGUUCAGAGUCUACCACAUCCCCAGCAACCAACUCGGGACGCAGGACAUGGCGAUCAGGUCCAAGUGGGAAGGGCUGAAGCGGAAGAACAGGUUGAGGCUGAUGGGAGCUGCCAAGGACCUUCCGGACCAGCCGCGCGAAGUCAGCAAUGACAUCGUUGAGCGACUUCUCAAGCUUGCGCAUGCGGGCAAGCUCAGGUCUCCAGAUGAGUUCGGAUACGUCCGACACCCGAUCUCCGAUGCGAUCAAGUCGCACAGGCAAGACGAGCAGGAGCUGCGAGUGGCGCACGAUCUGUACCGUGAGAGAGAGAUGUCAAGGAGAGAGCAUCGCGAUCGGCUGCACAAGCUUCGUCAGACUCAAGAUAAGGCUGUGGCCCAGCCAAGGCAGCCGGCGCCUCCAGUGCCACAAGCUGAAGUCAGGCCCAAAGAACAAGAACCAGUUCGUCCCAGGCCCUCGAGCAUCAGCCCUUCUCCUGCACUAGCAAGGAGAACUGAAGAACAAGCGCAGCCUCGUGAGCAUUGGAAGCGACCUAGCGCUGCAAGCGGACUAUGGGGGAUAGUUUCUGCUCCUUUCAACGCGCUGUUCGGAGACUCGGUGAUUCACAAGACAUACCUUCCUACUUGA